AUGGGUGCUGGACUUUUAGCAUCUCAAUUAAUUUUAGUUUUAUGUUUUACUGUUUAUACAUUAAAUAAUUAUGCACAUUUGAGAAGGCAAAGGGCAAUUAUUGCUUUACCUACUUUUUUUGGAUGGUUUUUCUCCUUCCUUAUCAUUAUUGUCCUUCCAUUGGAUGUUGCAAUUACUUUUUACAAAAAAUGUACGACAGAAGAAUUUUCGUUGAAAAUUGUUGAAGAAAAGAAUUUGUCUGGGGAAAUUGAUAUUGGCUCUCAUGAGAAUAAUGGAGUUAAUUCAAAUUCAACUUCGUUUUGUGAAGAACCUGGAGGAUUUAUUGAAGAUAAACUUCUUUUUCGACUUUGGCGAAUAGUUUAUUGGGGGUCUCAAUUUCUGACAUGGAUUUUAUUGCCAAUGAUUCAAAGCUAUGCUAAAGCUGGAGAAUUUACUGUUAAAGGACGUCUUAAAUUUGCUCUACACAGCAAUGCUGUUUACUAUGGAAUUUAUUUUUCAUUAUUGACUUUUCUGCUGAUUUAUAUUGUUUCUAAAGGAGUUAGCUUAAAUUUCGCUAGUCUCAAAAUUUUGGUUGUCUCCGCCUCCAACACUUGGGGAAUUUUCUUGUUGGUUGUUCUCCUUGGAUAUGGUUUAAUUGAAGUUCCAAGAUUGUUUUGGAGAAUGGGAAUUCCAGGCUAUCGGUUACGGCGAACAUACUUUGAGAUUGACAAACUUUCUUCGGAGAAAAAUGAAUCCGAGGAUGCGUUACUUGAGGCUUACAAUGAAACUAAAUACGCCUUAAAUUUGUUAAAAAAUUCCCGAGGGGAGGCUCGCGAGAAAAUUCGUCAAAUUUCUGCAAAAUUUUCAAACGACAUUACUAAUGGAAUUUUGACAAGUUUGAGGGAGGAUAAUGAAGGAAAUAAUUCUUUUACUUGUCGAUCUAGAAAAGCACAGCCAGAUUUGGAAACUGUCAGUCAAAAUGCUUAUUUGGUAAAAUUGCACAGAAAAGUAAUUAGAGCUGUUCAAACCUUCCAUCGUUGCCAAAUUCAAUGGAAUUCUCUUUUGGAAAAAAGUUUUUAUUUGGAGGAUGUUGAACUUUCUGAGCGUAUGGGAAAGAUACCAAAACAAUGGACUACUUUUACUGAAAAGAAUAAACCAAAAUUUCAUGGACAGUCCAGAUUUGGAGGUUUUGAAUUGCCUGCAAUACCUGAGAAAAUUCAAUUCUUUUGGCAUUGCAAAAUUAAACAACAACUUUUUAAAUUUUUGGCCAUUCUAUUCACCAUUAUGACAACUCUAAUUCUUUGGAGUGAAUGUACAUUUUUUAUUUCUAGUCCACAACUUUCAUUAGCUGCUUUAUUACUUCAUGGUUUAGCUAAAAAUUAUCAUUAUAAAUUUAUUCAGAUUUGUGCCAUUGCAAUGAUUCUAUAUUUGUGUAUUUGUGCUUACUAUACAAUUUUUCAAUUGAGAAUAUAUCGAUAUUAUAGAUUGGAUUCUAAUGGAAUGACUGAUGAAAAUUCUCUUAUAUUUUCUGCAAUGCUUAUUUGUCGACUAACAGCCCCAAUGUGUUUAAAUUUUCUUGGAAUGAUUCAUUUGGAUUCAGCUGUAACAAAAAUGAGAGAUGCCAAAAUUGAAACACAAUUUACUGGAUUGAUGGGGCAUCUUGAAAUAAUUCCUUGGUUAGCCGAAGGAAUAAAUAUUUAUCUGCCUAUUGUUAUUGUACUUUUGUGUUUUGCUAAUUGGUUUCGUUUGGGAACUCAUUUUCUUCAUUAUUUGGGGAUUGAUCAAUUUUUGGAAGAUGAUUUAAUGACAACAGAAAUGGUUAAUAGUGGAAGAGCACUUGUAUCACUUGAAAGAAAUAGAUUGGUACGUGCUGCUAAUCGUGAAGAAAGAAAUAAAGCUUGGAAAAGUUCAAAAAGUGGAGGGAUUGAAUUUGAUAAUAUUCAACAAACAAUUGUGGAUAUUCCUGAUGGAAAUCAAUUAAUUGAUACAAAUGGAUCUAGCUACUCCGUCUCAGAUAAUUUAGAAUUUGGAGUGUCAUCCCGAAAUAUUCAAUACCAACAACUUCCACAACGUGAUGAUACUUCUAUCGAUACAAGGAGGGAAAAUGAUCUUCAAAGAAAUUUUUUUGAUGAUAUUUAAUUUAAUAGAAUAAUUUUUGGAA